AUGAGUUACAGUCGCCCUCCUUCCAAUGUGGACGACAUGAUCUCCCUCAAGAUAGACAACCUGACCUAUAGCACCUCACCCAACACCCUGAGGCGUAUCUUUGAGAAGUAUGGGCGCGUCGGCGACGUGUACAUCCCGCGGGACCGCUUCACUAAAGUGUCCCGCGGCUUUGCCUUCGUCCGCUUCCACGACAAGCACCAUGCCGAGAAUGCCAUGGAUGCCCUUGACGGGUUCAUGCUGGAUGGGAGAGAGCUGCGAGUGCAGAUGGCGCUCUAUAGUCGCACCCGAGACCUCCACCAUGGCCGCUACUGGAGAACCCCUCCCCACAGGCAGGAACGCCAGAGUCGGAGCCCGAGGAUUCGUCACCACUGUCGUUCCAAUAACAGGAGCCUAUCUCGAUCUCCAUCUCAAGGCCCAUCUCCCUCCAGGCCCACGAAGUCUCCAUCUUGCUCUUAUGAUAGAUCUCCAUCAACCUCCAGAUCCAGAUCUACUCGAAGUUCCAAGUCCAAGUCCUCGGAAUCCAGAUCUUCCUCAGCAGCCACGUCUCAGUCUAAAUCCAGAAGCCCUUCACCAGAAGGAAAUUCCAAGUCCUGA